UGCGCCUGGGGCUACAGGCGCGCCCUCUGCGCUGUGCCUUCCGCGGGCAUCGCCACCAGGCCGUCCGGCCACCAACCUCCGCCCCGAGGACGCGAGGCGUGCGGCCGGUCGCUCCCGCGACCCCAGCAGCUAUUUCAGAUGGACUUCUCACACUGUUGCUGGUGAAGUCGGGAGUUGGUCAGCUCUACAGCCCCCAGGGGUCCUAGUACCCGUGAGCAGGGUGGAGACACCGGGCCUGCAGCGCAGCGGGCAGGGUGCGGAACAUGACUUCAUCAUCCAGCGCUUCUCCCGCAGCCGCUGGAGGCCACACCCACCUGAGCCCAUGGCCUGCACCGGCCCUUCGCUCUCUGGAGCCUUUGACAUUCUAGGCGCGGCGGGUCAGGACAAGCUCUUGUAUCUUAAGCACAAACUGAAGACCCUGAGGCCCGGCUGCCGAGGGGCGUACCUCCUGCACGCCAUGGUGCUCCUGAAGCUGGGCCAGGAGACCGAGGCCAGGAUCUCCCUGGAGGCCCUGAAGGCGGAUUCGGUGGCCCAACUGGUGGCCCGCCAGUGGGCUGGGGUGGACAGUACCGAGGCUCCAGAGGAGCCCCCAGACGUGUCCUGGGCCGUUGCCAGGGUGUACCACCUUCUCGCCGAGGAGAAGCUGUGUCCCGCGACUAUGCGGGAGGAGGCCUACCGGGCAGCCCUCCGAGCUUUCAGCUCCAGGGACGACCUCCAGCUGGGGGAGCUCCAGGAAGAGGCCCGGGACCGGUGCGGGUGGGACGUCCUUGGGGAUCUGGGAGGAGUCCAAACACUGCAUUCCGCUCUGGGCUGCCUCCCGCCGCCGUCCUCGGCCUCACUUUCCCGGACGCGCAGCGACCCGCAGCCCAUAGAGCAUCUUUCGGGCUGGAGCAGAGCGUGUUCCCUAAGAUCCACUGGCAGCCCGGCCUCCUUGGGCAGCAACUUGGAAAUCAGUCAGUCGCCCACCAUGGCCCUCCUGAGCGUGCACCACAGCCCCCACGGGCCCAGCAAGCUGUGUGACCAUCCCCAGGCCAGAGUGGUGCCCGAGCCUGCCCCUUUGGGUUGCCAGGAACCCGAGGAGAUGAGCUGGCCCCCAUUGGUGGAGGCUGCUGGCUCCCCGGUGCGGCCGAGCAGCCCAGGCCCCGGGCUUCCCGAGGUGACCACCGAUGCCUGCCCCGCCAGCCCGCACUACCCACCGGAAGUUCCGGAAAUCAGCGCCCACUAUCCGGUGGAGUGUACGGAUGUGCCAGCAGCCCCGAAAUCUCUCCCCUCGCCUUCCAAAAACGCCUGCCUAGUCACAGAUCAGACGCCAGUCCAACUUUCAGAGGAAGACACCGCUUACCUGUCGGCUCAGCCACGCCCACCAACUCCUUCUGUGCCCCAAACAUCCCCAUCUUUUCCUUCCCCAUCAACGUCUCCCUUUCCUUCCCCAUCGACCCCUCCUGAGGCUCACCCGACCCCUGCUACGGCUCACCCGACCCCUGCUACGGCUCACCCGACCCCUCCUACGGCUCACCCGACCCCUCCUACGGCUCACUCGACCUCUCCUAAGGCUCACCCGACCGUCUGGAACCCAGAGCCCCCUCCUCCGGAGCUGGAGUCCGAGCAGAAAUUCUUUAACUUUGUGGUGCUCCACGCCAGUGCAGACGAGCACAUCGCAUUGCGCGUGCGCGAGAGGCUGGAGGCGCUGGGCGUGCGCGAUGGGGCCACGUUCUGCGAGGAUUUCCAGGUGCCCGGGCGUGGCGAGCUGCACUGCCUGCAGGAUGCUCUAGACCACUCGGCAUUCAUCAUCCUGCUGCUCACCUCCAACUUCGACUGCCGCCUGAGCCAGCAUCAGACGAACCAGUCUCUGAUGAGCAGCCUCACGCGCCACGGAUGGCAGGACUGCGUCAUUCCCUUCCUGCCCCUGGAGAGUUCCCUGGCCCAGCUCAGCCCCAGCACGUCUAGCCUGCUUACCGGCCUGGUGUUGCUGGACGAGCACUCCAAGAUCUUCGCCAGGAAGGUGACCAACACCUUCAAGCCCCAGAUGCUGCGGGCCCGCAAGGCCAAGUGGAGGAAGGAACAGGAUGCCCGGGCACUGCGGGAACAGAGCCAACAGCUGGAAAGUGAACGGCAGCACGCAGCGGCGUGGGGCGCGGCGUGCUCGGCUUAUGUCCAUAGCUACCUGGCCUACCAGACGCAGGUGGAGAAGCUCCAGGUUGCUUUGGCGAACUACAUGCCAUUUGGAACUCAGCUGCCCUUUGGGGGACAGGGGUCCCUGGGAACCCCACCAUCACCCUUUCCCACCCUGCCGGGUCAUCAGCCACCGCCCCUACCUCCUUGGCUGGGGGGCACACCCCCACCGAUCUUCCCGCAACCCCCACCGACCUUUCCGCAACCCCCACCGACCUUCCCGCAAACCCCACCGACCUUCCCGCAACCCCCGCCGACCUUCCCGCAACCCCCACCGACCUUUCCGCAACCCCCACCGACCUUUCCGCAACCCCCACCGGCCUUCCCACAGCCCCCGGACUUCUCACAGGCACCACCUGCGCGUCCUCAGAGCCCUGGGCUCCAGCCCCUCAUCAUACACCAUGCACAGAUGGUACAGCUGGGGGUCAACAACCACAUGUGGAAUCAGAGAGGGACCCAGGCACCCGAGGACAAGACGCGGGAAACGGAAUGACCAAGUGACUGGAUCCGAUGACCUCGGCUUUGGCCACUCCCCUUCAUCUCUAGGGGGGGGGUGGAGCACGGGGUUUUUUGCUACUUUCAGGACACUGCAGGGGAGAACUUCCGUCUCAGGAAAUAGGGCAAAAUCGGCCCCAUGACUUUCUGGCCCUGGAGGUGGCCAGAACUGGAUAUGAGUUUAUAAAUUCUCUCUCUUCCCCUCUCUCUAGAUGGUAGUGAUGGGGAAUGAGCUGGGGGUAUGGG